AUGGGCAGCAGCUUAAAUCUCGCUGCUGUGAAUAACACGACAUCGAAGGAUGCUCGUGUUCUGACGGACCUUCCAUCCUACGAGUGGAGCAAAGAGACGCGCUACAUCCACGAGUAUCCAAGGUCAGUCCAAGAGAAGCAUCCGGGCCAUCACUACAACCCUCUUCUAGGAUGGAAGAUACCGUCUGAAGGCAACGAUCACAUAUUCCGCCAGGUGUUCACACUUGACGAAAUGCCGUGGAUCCGUGACCACGAAGUGGCUGGUGAUGCCAUCUUCCCUUUUGUGGGGUUUGUGCGUCAAGCCGUGGAGGCCUUCAAGGCUAUACCGAAGACAACGUCCGAGGUAUCAAGCGUGUCACUGCGAGAGCUUCACAUCAAGCGAAGCCUCAGGGUUGACAAUGCUGGAAGGGUGGACAUGAUCACCAAAUUACGACCAGCUGAGACAGGAAUGGGAGCGUUCUCCUCGACUAUCUGGGUUUUUGAGGUCAUGACAUGGACCGAAUCAGCUGGCUGGACUGUGCACGCCCAUGGCCGCAUCGGAUCUGAAGCUGUGGACUUCGCCGCCGGAGGUGGCCCGGAAAGAACUAUGGCUGAGGAGGUAUUGUCCAUGGCUCAACCUACCGCCACGGACGCCGAGCGGGAAUAUAAGAUACUACAGGAAUCAGGCAUAUCUUUCGGGCCCAGAUUCCGGAACAUGAUCGCACUAUGGGCGGCGCCGGGCAUUGCUGUUCAUGAGACACAGCCGCCACGAACUGAUGAAGACUCAUUCCAAGGGUCACACACCUUCCUCGAGUUGGUCACACUGGAUAGCAUGUUGCACUCCGCCGGAAUUGCUAUCGGGCGGGAUGACAACAAUGGUGGCAUUCGGCCAGUUUAUGUACCGGUGUGCAGCUCUCGGCUUCAGCUCUCGACGAUUCCGGUGACUGCUGAACACAGAUUCAUUACUGUGACACGCAGGCUGGAACGAGACAGGAAAUCCGGCACUUCGCGCAUUAAUUUUGUCGUCUUCGUAAUUACGCAGUCAGGUAGAGUUCCCUACCUUGAACUUGACAUGACAUUGCAACGCAUCACGCAACUCAACAAUAUCGUGAACCUCAGCAGAGAAGAACUACCAGAGGGGUUCUACGACACGUUAGUGCCGCAUAUCGGUUUUGCCGACGGUAAGAUGCUAGCAAGGCAUUUCGCAGACAACAACCUGGUUGCUUCAGGACGGCACAUGCGCCACCAAUUGGCUAAUGUGAGCCUGCAUUUCCUGGCGUGCGCGCUGAAGACCACAACUGAUGUCAAUCGCGCGAUCAUUCCCUUCCACCAUCAGAAGUUCUUACACUGGGCCAAGGAGCUGGUGGCAGACGCCGUGAUUCCCCAGGUUACCCCUCAGUUGAUUGAAGAGGUUUCUAAAUGCAGCGCUGUCGGCGAGCUUCUCCGUGCUGUGGGUGAACAAAUCCCCCAGAUCUUGCGUGGGCAGGUGCAGCCCUUGGAACUCAUGAUGAAGGACGGGCUGCUUACUCGAAGCUACGAGGACAGUAUUACCUUGCAUACGUGUAACAAGGCGUUGGCCGCAUAUGUCAGUGGUUUAGGCGAAAUCAACCCAGAGCUAAGGAUCUUGGAAGUCGGCGCAGGCACCGGCUCUGCGACCCUACCAAUACUGGAAGCGCUGUCAGGAGGCGAGGCUACCGACAAUGACAGCGUGCCAAACUUUUCUAGCUAUCAUUAUACGGACAUUUCGACGGGGUUCUUUGAGAAUGCGCGGAGGAAGCUGUCUAGAUGGCCCCAGCUAACAUAUCAGAAACUUGACAUUCGUCAUCAUCCAGCGGAACAAGGCUUCAAAGUUGGCUCAUAUGACCUUGUCAUUGCCGUUAAUGUGCUUCAUGCGACUCCAGACCUCAAAGCGACAGUGCAGCAUGUUCGCGCUUUGCUGAAACCCGGAACGGGGAAGCUAGGUAUCGUGGAACAUACGGACAAUAACGAUCCCACCGUUCUGCCUUUCGCGCUGCUCCCAGACUGGUGGUCGGUCUCAGAUGAGUUCCGGCAAUCGAGGGGAGGACCGUUGAUGUCUCGGGAGCACUGGAACCGACUGCUUGUCUCAGCUGGAUUCUCCGGAGUGGAAGGGGCAGUUGAGAGUGGUGAGGAUAGCCUCUUCUGGACCUCGAUGGUGGAGGAGCAUACCGAUUUUCUGUCCGAUGCGCUCGAUGAGGUCACCAUCUACGGUUCUCUGACCGAUCCUUCAGAGAUAAAGUUGGCCGAAUCGGUGGCACGGGCUAUGAGUGAAAUCCCGCAUCUUCCUAUACCACGUGUCAAACCCCUAGCGGAACUGGAUGAUGUCCAGGGUAGCUAUUCCAUCUUAUUGGACAACCCCCAGCGCAGCGUUCUCAGCACGAUAUCGUCCGAAGACGAAUUCAAUAAGCUGAAGAGCGUUUUGUUGAGUUCAAAGGGACUGCUAUGGGUCUCGCCAGAAAAUAGAUGUCCAGAGUACGCCCGCAUCAAGGGCAUUCUUCGGACUCUUCGUCUGGAAGAGAGCGCGAGGAAGUUCCUACAAGUUGACGGUAUUCCUCUUGAUUCUAUAAGAGGGGCCUCGGCGGUUGCGCACCUCGCCCUUGCACUUGUGCGAGACAAGGCGCCUGCAGCAUUCCGCGAGCAAGAGUUUGUAUGGCACAAUGACAUGCUCCAUGUUCCGCGCCUCCGCAAGCUCCAGGAAGCAAGGGAGACUUUUGCUCUUGAAUCCGGUAUCUCUAUUUGCAAGGAACAGCCUAUAUGGCAGAGUCAUGGCCCCGAGAAUGUCCUCCGUCUGUCCAUCGAGACGCCAGGCGAUCUGGAUUCGAUUUACUUUGAACGACACAGUUUAAGCCGCACCGCUCUAUGCGACGACGAAAUACUGAUCCAAGUGUCUGCCGUGGGAAUCAACUUCAGAGACGUCCUCGCCUUACUUGGCAGAAUUCCAUGGUCUCCGCCGGGGCGUGAAGGGACUGGAACCGUGAUGCAAGUUGGUGCAAAUGUGUCACACCUGCAGGCUGGUGACCGUGUUUUCUUUAUGGUGCUGGAGGGGGCAUUAGGGACAUACGUUCGUACUCCUGGCCAAUUCGCGCGCAAAGUGCCACAGAGCAUCUCUACUGCGGACGCGGCUGGAUUGGUAGCUGCGUAUGUGACUGCCCUCGUCUGCCUGGACCACGUUGCGCGCAUCAGGCAAGGCGAGAGUGUGCUGAUUCAUGCCGCUUCUGGUGCAGUUGGCCAAGCAUGCAUUCUCCUUGCUCAGACCAGGGGAGCUGAUGUAUUUGUAACUGCUGGAUCUGCGGAGAAGAGACAAUUUUUGCACGAGACGUUCGAGAUUCCCGAAUCUCACAUCUCGAGCAGUCGGACUCUUGAGUUUCGUCACCGAGUCCUGAAGCAGACCGGCGGAAAGGGUGUGGAUGUCGUUGUCAACUGUCUUAGCGGCCAAUUAUUGCAAGAGACCUGGUCCAUGGUUACCGACUUCGGUCGAUUCGUGGAGAUUGGGAAGAAAGACAUCCUCGAAAACAGUCACCUUAGCAUGGGGAAGUUCUCUUGCAAUGUGACGUUCGCGGCUGUAGAUCUUACACAGUAUUUUCAUCAGAGGCCAGAAGUCCUCCACUCGUGCUUGGACGAAAUCGUGGAUAUGCUCGAGGCCAAGGCCAUUUGGCCCAUCCAACCGGUAACACCGAUUCCGAUCUCAGAUAUACAGUCCGGACUACGACGACUCCAAAGUGGCCACAACAUCGGCAAGAUUGUUGCCAUCCUCGGACCGGACGAGAGAGUCAAGGCGGAACGCCAAUCGCCAUUGCAGCAAAAGGAGAAGCCGCUGCAGGCAGACGCAACAUAUCUCAUCACUGGCGGUACGGGGGGUAUUGGAAGAUCCCUUGUGCCCAUGUUGCUAGAUAAUGGGGCGGCCAACAUAGUCCUACUUGGUCGAUCUGGUGAUUCCAGCCGCGAUGUGAAAAGGCUGAUACAACAAUACAGUAGACCCCAGUGUGGAAUUCAAGUACGCGCCAUUGCAUGCGAUGUUGUGUCGCGAGUGAGCCUCUCGACUGCGCUCCACGCUGUCAAAGACCUGCCCCCUGUUCGAGGUGUGAUCCAUGGCUCACUAUACCUGCGCGAUUCUCUGUUCGUGAAUGCAACAUUUGAGGACUGGCGGAAGAUCAGCGGUCCGAAAAUAGACGCCGCAUGGCACAUUCAUGAACUGCUUCCUGGUCUGGAUUUCUUCGUCGCCCUCUCUUCGGGAAUCGGUAUCGUUGGCAACGUCGGCCAAAGCAUAUACGGUGGGAGUUCAACUUUCCUCGAUGCAUUCGCGCAAUAUCGCGCCCGCCAACACUUACACAGUGUUUCGAUCAGUCUACCCGUGAUAGACGAUAUCGGAUAUGUUAAGGAACGGGAGGGCUUACGCGCCAGGCUGAUGGAAGAGAACGUUUCAUUCAAGCUAUCGAUCGCACAGGUCCUUGCCGCGGUCAAGGGGGCUAUCAUCGGUCGCUCGUCGGGUCUAAACAAGGACAGCAGGGCUUUCCUUUUUGUUCGCGAAGACUCGGUUGCAUCCCAGGGUUGGGAAAACAGGUGGCACUAUCUGUAUCCUGCUCGACGCCGCAACGCAGCUAAAGUUGCCGGCUCUGGCCAAGACGUUGACAGAAGUACACCUUCGGGAGAAGAAGGUAGACUCGAAGCUUUGUGCAACAAGGUGUCAUCCAUCACGAUGAUUGAUCGCGAGGAUGUGACACCCAGCCGGAGUCUGUCGGAAUACGGCCUGGAUUCAUUGGUAGCAGUCGAGCUCAGACACUGGAUAAGGAGAGAAUUCGGCGCUGACCUGGCACUGACUCAUAUUGUGGGUGCAGAGAGUUUGCAGGCUUUGAGCAGUCGGAUCGUGGCUCAGGGGUUAAUGGGGAAGGAAACAUGCGUCUCUUGA